CAGUAUACCCCCCUCUAACCCUCUUCCAAUUUCUCUCGCAAGCACCGCAGAUUCACUUCUCUUCAAAAUUCUGCUCCAAUUGCGAGAAGCUUCUCCCUCUUUGAUUGCUCCACACGAAUCGCGUCUCACCACCUGCUUGUUAGAGGUUUACACGCAGCGUCCAUGGCGACAAGACAUAGACCGCUUCGAACGGUAAGGAUCGGACAACAGCGACAAAUCAAUGGCAGACGGUAUUGAUAAACCCAAUGAGCUCUAGAAUUUGAAAUCCAUAGUCCCAUUUCUGUUUUCUUUCUGACCUUAUUGAAAUUAUUUUCUAGACUUCCUAUUUUAUUCGAUUUUCAAGUUACUGGGUUCAAUAUUUAGGCAGAAAAUAUUUAUGCCUCCAUCUACAGGUUGUUAACUCAACCAUGGUCACUGAUUUCUUCUGUUCUGUUCUUCAACAAAUUAUCUCAAUAAGGUUUGUUAAACAUCAAACAAGAUCUACUUGAUUAUAUGUAUUUUCUCAUUUUCAAUGUUGUACUCAAUUUGAAAUAUAUUUCAAAUACACACACACACACACACACACACGUGAAAUAAGAUGUAGUUGUAAAGCUGUAAAGGUUAUGAAACCCGCUCACCUUGUAAUACUUUGAUUACAUUAUUGAUCGUCAAAUGUUUCAAAAUCUGUUUGGAGAGUGCUGCUGUUUUGUCACGGUUGUACGGUACCUUUAUUUACAGAGGGUAUGCAAGUAUGUAGUUUGGAAGUAGCGUGGUUUGGUUUGCACUCAAGAAUGGUGUUUAGUGUUUAUAGUAAGCAAUGGCAAACUGUCUCAUCUUUCAAAUUAAGAUUUGCAAAAGUGAUUUGUUUGUUUCCUAACAGUCUAACACAUAGCUCACGUAGGUGUAAGAUAUAUAAAUGUACGUCUACGUUGAUUGGAGUUCUAUUGUUGAGCAUACUCUUGUAUAUUUUAGAAUCUUCUCUAUUAGAACAUAUAGAAGAGGUUGGGUAUUGCCUAAAAGAUGCAAGUAAUAGACCUUUUUAUUUUUAGUCGACCUCAUUAAGGCACAAACUUUGUAGAUAGUGGGUGGUCAUUUUGUACUCUAUGCAAAGUUGGUCGGAGUAAUCAGCAACCACAUGCUUCUUUCCUUUACCAUUUUUUUCUUAGAAACUAAUGUUGGCUUCUAAAUCAUUAAUUUUUUAAUAAAAAAUAGCUCUUGAAAAAAUACUCCACUUUGAGGACAGAGGGAGUAUAUUAUAUUCCUUCAAUAUCAAAUUGACUUUCUUGUUUUGAAGUUCAGAAUUGAAAGGCUUGUUGCUAGAUAUUAAGUUAAACCUUCAUUGAAAUUUUAUUUGAUCUAUUUAAUAAUCUCAUAGGUCAUACUUUGGCAUUUGUAUUUAUGGAUCCCCCUUAGCAUGAUUUAAAAGUUAUCAUGAUGGCAAAUAAUAUCUUUCUAAUUUAAAAUUAUUUCUUAACUAGACAUAAACAUCUUAUAGUAACCAUUUAAUUAGGUAAAAACAAAUUCACGGUGCAGAUUCUGAAUAUCAUCUAAAGAAGACUAAAAAUCACACAUAGUGUCUUACACUACUACAAAUUAGAUUUUACACAGCCCAUUAUAACAGCGAAACUUUCUACAGGCACCGUCAAAGCUUUGAGUAGUUUGUUCUAAUUUUUCUUAGCUAACUCUUCUUACAUACGUACAAAAUGGUGGCCAAAUCAAAUUUAUAGUGAGAGUGAAUCUUAGUUGAUCCUCGUAUGUUGCAGAGACUUUUACUCUCCUUUAACAUUUCAUCUCUAAAAUGGUAAAACUGUUAUUGUCUUUUAUUAUUUAAGUGGAGCUUGUAGAGUUAGAGAGUAUUUACAAUUGAGUUAAUUCUAGGAAAAGGAUUUCCUAUGGUUGGUGUGAUCAGGUAUGUACUAAUAUGAACCACUUUUCAAAUACCAGCUUAGUUAGUGAUCAGUUAAUGAUUUCCCAAUUAAUGACCAAUCUCUCUUUAAUUGAUGUUGUCUCUCUUUUUUAGUUCAACAGAGUGGUCUCGGGGGAGAUAGCCUAUGGGAUUUGACAUGGUUAUAUGUUAAUAACAUUAUGCCCUCUCUGAAGUCUCAGGUUUUUCCCGAUCAAGACCCCGACGAGCAACCAGAGGUUUUCUUGGUGAAGAGAGGUUUAUUUAAAGUUUGUAGUAGGCUUUGGAUAUAAGAGCUUCAUGUGCUUCUGGUCAAUCAAUAUGUUAUGGAGCAAUUGGGAUGAAGAGUGAAAAUAAACUAUGUUAAAGUUCACUUUGCAACAAUGGGAAAAUUAUUAUUUUGGCUCGAAUUCUAUUUUAGCAAUUAUUAGUUAUUUUGGUAAACUUAUGUUCUCACCAUAAGUGGAGGGGCUUUGGUUUGGUCCUCCCCUCAUGUAUUUUGUUUUAUUCUUUUUUAAUAAAACUUGUUUUGUUAU